GAGGUGCGCCGGCGUCCAUUGUUAUUUGCGUACGAGGAAUAAUGGCGAUGUGCACAAUAUUACGAUGUGCUUCUGUUAGUUUGACCUCCUCUCUACCUCGACUCUCAAACAGAAUCGCCGUGACUCCAACUACACUACUGGCGAGGACAUGCUAUAAAAGGUUCCUGAACACAACCACUACAUUUCGCGCAGCACUGAAGUUCACAGACAAACACGAGUGGGUUCGCGUGGACAGUGGUGUGGCAACAGUGGGCAUCAGUAAUUUUGCUCAGGAGGCACUGGGGGACGUGGUCUACUGUGGUCUACCUGAAGUUGGCACAAAGUUAUCACAGUCAGAUGAAUUCGGUACUCUGGAGAGUGUUAAAGCAGCGAGUGAGUUGUACUCUCCUCUAACGGGGGAGGUGACUGAUGUCAAUGAUGCCCUGGCAGACAACCCUGGACUGGUCAACAAGUCUUGCUAUAAAGAUGGUUGGCUCAUGAAGAUGACUCUAUCUGUUCCUGAGGAAUUAAAUGGACUGAUGGAUGAAGCCGCUUAUGAGAGAUACAUCAAAUCUAUAGAGGACUAGAGUGUUCUGCUGACAUGUUGCAUAUGGGGGAGAAUUUAAAAAGAAUCAAUUAAGAAAUGUUUAUUUCUUCAUCAAAUACAUUUUGUUUGUAGUUGAUUUAGUUUAGAUAUUCUUCUAAAUAUAUUUUCCCUUCAAGCCACACCCAGUCAAUAGAGGGGACCACAUGGUCACAACAUUAUGCACUACGCUUGGAAAGCAACAAGCAGACCUGGUUGGAUUGAUCCAGUCAUUUUCUAGCCACAGAGAUUUGAAGAUCAUGUACAGCCUAUGUAACAGUCUCAUCUCUUUUGUAGAUGUCACACUUUUCCUGUGGAAGCUUGUCAUUGCUUGGAAUAAGCUACAAAUAAAGUAUGGAAGUAUGAAUAACACUUAAUGAGGACAGAUAUGAAAUCUGAUGAAAUCUUUUUGGUUUUGAGGAAUCAUAAUUGAGUGAAAGUGAUUAACAUCAUUAAUUAACAUCAUUAAAUUACUAUUUAAAACUCUUACCUGAUUUAAAUGGUUUUAUUGCAUUAGAAAUGUUGCAUUUGGAGUCAAAUGUGCUUCUCAGAGAUGUAAUGUAUGAAAUAUAGAACCCAAUGUCUGCAAAUGAAUUGUUCUUGUUUUGAGAAAUACAUUUUAAAGAAGUCAAAUAUGUUAAAUAUCGGACCAUUUUCAACACUAUGAUGAAUGUCUAACAAGCUAAGAAAUUUGUUCAUGUUGCAUUUAUAGUGAACAUGAAAACAAAAUGUACCCUAUUUACUUCCUAUUGCUUGUGAGUCAAAAUAAAUGUCAAAGGUCUCUGA